GGAGGAGGAGGAGGGCGCCAUGCGGUCCCUAAACAUCACCCCGGAGCAGUUCGCGCAGCUCCUGCGGGACAACAACGUGACGCGGGAGCAGUUCAUCGCCCUCUACGGGCUACAGCCGCUGGUCUACAUCCCAGAGCUGCCGGGGCGCACCAAGGUGGCCUUCGUCCUCAUCUGCGUGCUCAUCUUCGCCCUGGCGCUCUUCGGCAACUGCCUGGUGCUCUACGUGGUGACCCGCAGCAAAGCCAUGAGGACCGUCACCAACAUCUUCAUCUGCUCCCUGGCCCUCAGCGACCUCCUCAUCGCCUUCUUCUGCGUCCCCUUCACCAUGCUGCAGAACAUCUCCUCCAACUGGCUCGGCGGUGCCUUCGCUUGCAAGAUGGUACCGUUUGUUCAAUCCACUGCUAUUGUAACUGAGAUUCUUACAAUGACCUGCAUUGCUGUGGAAAGACAUCAAGGAAUUGUGCAUCCACUAAAAAUGAAGUGGCAGUACACCAAUAAAAGAGCUUUCACGAUGCUUGGCAUAGUCUGGUUGCUGGCACUUAUUGUUGGGUCACCUAUGUGGCACGUGCAACGGCUUGAGGUUAAAUAUGACUUUUUAUAUGAAAAAGUGUAUGUUUGUUGCUUGGAAGAAUGGGCCAGUCCAAUUUAUCAGAAGAUAUAUACGACCUUUAUUCUUGUUAUACUCUUCCUUCUUCCACUGAUGUUGAUGCUUUUUUUGUACACUAAAAUUGGCUAUGAACUGUGGAUUAAGAAACGAGUGGGAGAUGCUUCAGUUCUUCAAACCAUUCAUGGGAGUGAAAUGUCUAAAAUAUCAAGGAAGAAGAAGCGAGCAAUUGUAAUGAUGGUCACAGUGGUGUUUCUCUUUGCAGUCUGUUGGGCCCCUUUCCAUGUGAUUCAUAUGAUGAUAGAAUACAGUAAUUUUGAAAAGGAGUAUGAUGAUGUGACAGUCAAAAUGAUCUUUGCAAUCGUCCAGAUUAUAGGAUUCUUCAAUUCUAUUUGCAACCCUAUUGUGUAUGCUUUCAUGAAUGAAAACUUCAAGAAAAAUUUUCUGUCUGCCAUCUGCUUCUGCAUUGUCAAAGAAAAUGCAUCACCAGCCAGGCAACUUGGGAAUUCAGGGAUUACUAUGAGGCGGCAAAAGGCAAGUGUUUCUCAAAGAGAUCCCAUUGACUCGGACGAAGCCAGGAGGGACGCAUUCAGCGAUGGCAACAUUGAGGUCAAGUUCUGUGAUCAGCCAGCUUCAAAAAGGAAUUUGAAAAGGCACCUUGCCUUAUUCAGCUCUGAGCUUACUGUGCAUUCUGCAUUAGGAAAUGGACAGUAGCAUCACAAGGGGUUUGAGAAUGGAAAAAGCAUUCUCUUUAUAUGAUAAUUUUCAAUAAGCUGUUUAAAAUACUUUUCUACUUUGCAUGCUGAAAUGAGGGGAAAAGUAUUUUGUGGAUUAUUAUAAUGUUGGGAUAAUGGUUGAGAAAAUGUAAUAUAUUUUAUAAGGAUGAGGAGUAAAACUUUGGAAAACAAUAUUACUGUAUGAUUUCCAGAAAAAAAAAAAAUUCUUCCUAAGCUAAUUUAGGGCUUGUUCGCCCUCUGCUUUAGGUAAACCAAACAACUAUUGCUUGCUUUGUUUAUUCUGUGUUUGGAUGCUGGCAUGCUGCUCAACCAUACAGAGCUGAAUGCCAGAAGAUGGGAACUAUGGAGAGAGUGCACACUUUUUUUUGGACAACUUGGAAAAACUGACAUGGGUCUAACAUUAUAAGAUCUGCUCUUUGCAGCUCUGAGGACAGAGGAGCUUCAGGUCUGAGUUCAGGAAAAAUGUGGACUGAGAUGCAGUUAUAUUUUGGAAAAAAAAAAAUGUGAAAGAGCCAGAAUUUGACUCUGAAAAGAUUAGGAUUUAAACGUUGCAUGCAUGGUCAGAUUUUGUUAACAGGAAGCAUAUUAGAAAUUAACAAUGCAUGCAUGCAUAAUUAAUGUGCUGUUUCUACAGGUUAAUUCUUGGGUACAAAUUUAAAGGUCAAGCGUACUGCCCUGUAAACUGCAUUGUUCUGCUGAAAAAUGCAGAAGUUGAAGUACUGUACAAGUGUGCAGGUGCUGGAGGUGUGAUCUAUAGAGUAAACACUGAGUUUAACUUAACAGUCAUGCUUGCAUAUGUGACUUACAGGUUGAAAGUGUGGUGUUGCCAUUUUCUGGAAGGAUAUAAGGGCCAGAUCCAGAGCCUGUUGGGACUCUACAGAAGCCUGUCAACUGAAUAUCACGGUCUUUUGACCAGACACUUCUCUGAAGACAUGCACAAAUUUUUCUGUCUCUUCAUCAUCUUCAAAGUGGAUUAAUUACUGUCUAAGAACAGGGUCAGUGUUCUGUUAUUUUUAGGCUUCACAGUAAAUUGUGGGGUUGAAAUCCAUAUAAAUUCUAAACAUUUUUUGCUCUCAGUGGGUCAAACUGAAAAAUUGUAAAAGGAUGCUUACAAGUGUGGGGCUGGGGAAAAACUGUGACCUAGAAUGGUACACUGUGAUCUGAUCCCAUAAAUGAGGCUUUGAAAUACAUAAUUUGCAACUGCAGCUGAGGUUAGGUUGGAUCCUUUAAUAGCCUGUGAAAUGUCAGUGCUCUCUUCUGUCAUCCCUUGCCUCACCUAACGGACCUUGGUGCUCCCUUGGCAGUGAAUUUUAAGAUUUUCGUACUUUGCUACUUUACACUUCAUUGUAAAUGAAAACUUAGUCUAAAUUAUCCUUGUAUAAAUUGGAAGUAAUCUGAUCCUUCUCUAAUGAUCAGAAAUUCCCAUUGGAUAAGGGAUUCUGAUGCUGGUUUGGGAUGUACUCUUUAUUUACAUAUAUAUUAUUUAUAUUGUAUAUGAUAUACUCCCAUGCAAUGACAGGGGAAGAUUCCUGACUGGUCCUGACAGCCAGGAAUUAAGAGCAGUCCUAUUUACAUAAGCAUAUGUAUUAGAUAAAGUAACAAUUUUGGAGAGCUAUAUCUGGGUAAAACAACAUGACUGAGGUCAGGUUUUGCUUUAGACAGUCAUGCAGACAUGGCCCUGUGCAUUAUCUUUGAAUAAUGCUGUAAGCAACAGCAACAAUUUUUGCCUGCAAUUACAACUGUGAUUUCCUUUGAAGGCCAUUUCUGUCAUAGCUUGUCUUUCAUCCUUCUAGACAGGGGUCUUCUACUAAAAGUUUUCUGCCCUGGAGAAUAGGGGCUAAUGGUGGUUUAUUAUCAUAGUUUUCCUCAGUUGGUGUAAACUUUAUCUGGCUGAUGAUGAGAACUAUGUGUUUUUACAGAUUCUAUAACUUAAAAACAAUUUAUUUUAAGCUUCUUAUUUAUUUGCACUGCUAAUUUCAAUGACAGAUUUUAACACAUAUUUAACAAGAACUUUGAAGUAUUUUGUUUUUGUUUCAUCUUAUCUGUUUCUUCUAUUGUCUCAUAAAAUGUUAUGUCGAUGAGUAACUUUCAGUAUUGUAUUUUUUCAUUAAAAUUCCUCUUUGGCAUUGCUGGUGCUGUUUGCACUGGGAGCAUCUGCUGUAAAA